AGUGAAUUCAAGGGGAAUCCCCCGCGAGCCAUCCUCCAAUUCCUCGUCCUCCUCCACAUGCAACUCUCACCUCUCAAGCACCUGCGCUCGGCCCGUCAUGUCCAACGUCGACGUUGAUCUAGGGGACCUCUUGGCCAAAGUACUCCCCACCGACGUGAAGCUGACCAUUCGCCAUGUCUCGUCGGUGCCGACUCGCUGUGUAGCGCUCUUUGCGCCACCUCCCGGCGAGGAGCCCGAGUCUACCUUCUGCGAGAAUCACUUCCUGACGGUCUCCAUUGCCGCCGACGCCGACAAGAACGCCGCUGCCUCCUCGUCAUCGGAGCUCAUCGUCUUCGGCAUCGAGGUCCUCGUCUACAGCACCGCGCACCUCACCACCAUCUUCGUCUCCAAGGCCGACUCGACGGGCCACCUGCACCUCCUCCGGAACGCCCCCAAGAUCUCGCUCCUGCGCCGCGUCUCGAACACCUUCCUCUCCUUCCUCGUACAGACCCGCCAGCGCCCGGGUGUCCGCCUCGUCGUGUCACUGUUCGCCCGCGCCCAGAACCAGUACCUCUUCCCGGGGAGCAUCGAGAACGCCGAGAAACACGUCCUCGACGACCGCGGCCUCAUAAAAUGGUGGUGUCGCGUCGUGGACCCCAUUCUGCGCGAAUACGAGCCCGAGUCGCGCUCCCACGAGAAGGGCCUCCUCGACCGCACCAUGGAGUCCUCGCGCAGCUCCGCCACCGCGUUCCUGAUCGUCCCGAGCUGCGACCGUUUCGAGACCCGGAGCUUUUUUCCCCCCAGUGCCAAAUCCGACGACGGAGACCGCCCCCGCUGGCUGAAUUCCUACCCGCUUCGUCAGCUGUGCGAUAAUCCCCACGCGCCGCCGCGCUGUCUCAUCCCGCGGUUUCCUGAUGACCCGAAGACGCGCUUCCUGGUCGACUUGGACGACGAGCUCCCUGGGAACAAGGAGCGGGAGGCCACCGGACAGUGGAGGAGCGUUCGCUCGCUGGACCAGUUCUGGGAGAUGAUGUCUUUUCGACAGGAGUGCUCGGCCGGCCGAUUGGUUGGGUUUCUGUGGUUGGUGAUUAAUCCGCCGGGGCUGGUGAAUUCGGUGCAGAUGACGAGCUCGAGAUUGGUGCAGCGGCCGAUGGAUAAGAAGGAGGAGGAGGAGGACGGUGGUGGUGCGCCCACUCCUACUUCCCCUACAUCAUCCGACAAACCCACCUCCACGACCGAUCAACCACAAUCGACCGUCCCUACUACCUCUCCGACAAACCCAAACCCAAACCCACCACCAACCCAACCCGCCGACUCGGACGCCUUCUACUGGCCCGAGGCCGGCCGCGGCCACGCCGUGCUCGGCGAAGAAGACUACAAAACCGCCAUCAACCACCUUCUCGAUCAGGACUUCUACAACGAGGAGGUCUCCAUCGCCAGCACCAGGGCCUGGAGUGAGAAGGUCGCCGCCGUCGCCGACCAGCUCUGGGUCGGCCGCGAAGUCGUCGGCAGGAACCCCAACGGCAAUGCGCCGCUGGCGCCGGUCGUGACCACCACGCUCAUGGACAGCGGACUGGUUCGCAAGCGCAAGAAACCCGACGCGGCGGAGCAGCUGGGUGCGGAGUCUGGAAAGGGGACUGGGGAUGCUGAGGCUGAAGCUGAGGCUGAGACUGUUAGCGCUGGUGUUGCUGCGCCGGCUGCAAAGGAGGAGACGGGGCAGCAAUCGUCCGGGGUGAAUGUGCUCCAGGCGAAUUUGAUCCGGAAGAAGAAGAAGGCUUAGAAUUUUUCCUUUGGGUCGAUUUGGAUGGUAUCUUUUUUCGAUCUUUUUUCUACAUGCAUUGGAGUUUUGAUCUUGGAAUAGGAAUCGGUGGUGUUUGGGGAACAUGAACAUUGGUCAGCGAAAUCUGCUUAUUCCAUACGGAUGCCUUUACUUAAUACAUUAUACGCUUUUUUUUGGUUGUGGCAAGGUGCUUUACCCAAGGUUGAGGUUGAGACCGAUGUCACGGCUUAUCAUUGUACUUUAGCUUCUCGCGAGAUUUAGUUCAGUUACACUUGCCAGAAUAAGACGUUU